AUGCGAACCAAUUACUCCACCACCAUGCAACCAUGUCCUCCUGGGCCGCCAGGUGAACCUGGUCCAGAAGGACAAAUGGGGGAAAUGGGACCAUCCGGAGAAUCAGGAGAGCCGGGACCCGAUGGACCAGUGGGAAAAGAGGGUACGAAAGGUGAGGAAGGUGAACGAGGUCCGGCGGGACCUCCUGGACCGCCUGGUGAUCAAGGAUCAAAAGGGCCACCGGGAAAAGCCGGAAAGCCAAGCAAGGAUGGAGCAGUCGGGGCGCCAAGACCCAAAGGAAAUCCUGGUGAAGAUGGCAAACCAGGUAAUGACAGAAAACAAGGUGAACGAGGACCAACUGGCACACCUGGCUCAGUUGGUGAAAAGGGUCUCUGUCCAAAAUAUUGUGCAAAUGACGGUGGCGUUUUCUUCGAAGAUGGUUCACGUCGUUGA